AAUUAGGCAGCCCGCUCGCCUUUCCGAAAUGUAUUGCGCCUUGUCUCCCGCAUCUGUAAUUAAAAUCAAUUCCUUCCUCUGAUCCUUGCCCCCUUAAGUCCACAAAAUCCCUCCUUUUCCUCCUCUCUAGGGUUUCUCCGCAUCCCAUGGCUUCCCAGUCGGUCGUCGAAGAAGCAAGCAAGGAGGGACCUUUGAACGCCUCCUCUACCGAUGACCAAGAAGGAGGCCAGGUGACGCCGAAGAAAAGGGGUAGGAAGAGGAGGAUGGAGGAAGAAGACGGUGAGGGGGAGGGGGGUAGUAAGAGGAAGGCGUUACCGUUGGAUAGGCCUUCGAGGGACAGGAAGUCUGUUGAGAGGUACGCAGCUCUGUCGCCGAUUAGGGGUUCUGCGAGCAAGACUCUUUCGAUUCAACAGGGCUCUGGUGAGAAGCUGAAGGACAUCCCCAAUGUGGCUUUCAAACUGUUGAAAAGAAAAGCUGAUGAGAGUCUUCGAGUUCUUCAUAGAAUUCUUUUUGGAAGAAAAGCAAAUGCACAUUUUCUGAAGAGAAACAUCCUCCAAUUCUCUGGCUUUGUUUGGUCUCAGAAUGAGGAGAAAGAUAAAUUAAAAGUUAAGGAAAAACUCAAUAAGUGCAACAAAGAUAGAUUGUUAGAAUUGUCUGAUCUGCUAGACAUUUAUACAUUAAAGGUCAACACCAAAAAGGAGGAUAUUUCUGCAAAAGUAAUGGAAUUUUUGGAAUCUCCGCAUGUUACUAGAGAAGUUAUACUGUCUGAGAAAGUUAAGAAAGGCAAAAAACUCAAACGGGGUGUCAAAAUAACUCGCAAAAGAGCUUCUGAAGAGGCAUCGGCAGAUAAAGAAGAAAAGAGAAAGAAAAGGCAACAAAGGAAACCAAGUAAGGAUAACAUUGAAGAUAAAGUUAAAGUUAACUCAACCGACAAAGAUGAUGAAUCUGUGGACGAAGAUGAAAGUUCUGAUGCUGAUGAAACCGAUGAAAAUUCUAAGAGCGAGGCAGAAGACGAGAAAGAUGAACAAAAGUCUGAAUUCACCCAAAAAUCCUCGAAUGAGGGGAUGCAUGAGGUAGAGGGGCUCGAAUCCAAACAACAUUCCCCCGCAACGACAAAAAAAUCUCCUGCAACAUCUAAGAAAGCUCCAGCAUCUUCCAAAAAGAAAGUCAAUAAGGAAAUUAACUCUAAGGAUCGCAAAAUAAGUUCAAAUAUGAGCAAAACAUCUAAGAAAAGCCUCUCAUCUUCUAAAGAGAAGGUUCAUACAAAAGGUGAAUCUAAGGACAUUAAUGGGAGUUCAAAGAUGAAGAAGGAGAAAGUGCCAAUAAAAACUGAUUUAAAUGAUGAUUCAAAGAGAAAGGCUUCAACAAAGGGUGAUAUAUCUGAAAAAGCUGACAAAAAUAAAGGAAAGACUGAUGCUGGAACUACCUCCAAAGACAUGAAAGGAAUCCAGAUAAAAGGUGCAAAGAUGGAGACAAAUUCAGAGGAGAAGCAAGAGAAGAAAAAGGAAGGCUCUGUUGCACCCAGCAGAGAACAGUUAUCUGCUGUGCUUAGUGAGAUACUUAAAGAAGUAGACUUCAAUGUUGCUACCCUGGCUGAUAUUAUCAAGCAAUUAGGUGCUCACUUUGAUACUGAUUUGAUGGAUAGAAAGACAGAGAUUAAAAGCAUAUUGGAGGAGGUGAUUAAUAAUAUGACUGAUGAUGAGGAUGCUGAUGCUGAUGCUAAUGCUAAUGGUGACGAGGAAGGAGAGAAGAACUGAACUGAAAUGGACUUUUCUGUAAAAUUUAAUUGAUUAGGGUGCUCUGCUGAAUUUUUCUUUGAUAGCAUAUAACAUUUUAUAGGUUUUUUUUUUUCUUAAAAAUAUAAUCUGUUAAUUGUGGUUAGAGGUGUUUUGU